UCGCUCUGAGCCCCGGCGCCCAGGUGGGAUGGAAGAAGCCUAUCAGAGAUGAGGAAACUAAAGCCCAGAAAAGAGAUUGCCCAAGUCCAUUCAGUAUACAGCCUAUGCAAGAGUCCAGUUCUUCAGAUACCCCAGUAUUUGUUGGACUACAUGGAGAUGGGCCUCCUGAAGAUAAAGAUCAAAAACAGGUGCAGACAACCAAGCGAGGUGAUGCUCAUGAGUUAAGAAACAUAUUCCUCCAGUAUGCUAGUACUGAGGUCGAUGGAGAACAUUACAUGACCCCGGAAGACUUUGUCCAGCGCUAUCUUGGACUGUAUAAUGAUCCAAAUAGCAAUCCGAAGAUUGUCCAGCUCUUGGCAGGAGUAGCUGAUCAAACCAAGGAUGGGUUGAUCUCCUAUCAAGAGUUUUUGGCAUUUGAAUCUGUUUUAUGUGCUCCAGAUUCCAUGUUCAUAGUGGCUUUCCAGUUGUUUGACAAGAGUGGAAAUGGAGAGGUGACAUUUGAAAAUGUCAAAGAAAUUUUUGGACAGACUAUUAUUCAUCAUCAUAUCCCUUUUAACUGGGACUGUGAAUUUAUCCGACUGCAUUUUGGGCAUAAUCGGAAGAAGCAUCUUAACUACACAGAAUUCACACAGUUUCUCCAGGAGCUACAAUUGGAACAUGCAAGACAAGCCUUCGCGCUCAAAGACAAAAGCAAAAGCGGCAUGAUUUCUGGUCUGGAUUUCAGUGACAUCAUGGUCACCAUUCGGUCUCACAUGCUCACUCCUUUUGUGGAGGAGAACCUAGUUUCAGCAGCUGGAGGAAGUAUCUCACAUCAGGUUAGCUUCUCCUACUUCAAUGCGUUUAACUCCUUGCUGAACAACAUGGAGCUUGUUCGUAAGAUAUACAGCACUCUAGCUGGCACAAGAAAAGAUGUGGAAGUCACAAAAGAGGAAUUUUCCCAGAAUGCAAUACGCUAUGGACAAGUUACUCCACUAGAAAUUGAUAUCCUAUACCAGCUUGCAGACUUAUAUAAUGCUACAGGGCGCUUGACUUUGGCAGAUAUUGAGAGAAUAGCCCCGUUGGCUGAGGGGGCCUUACCUUACAACCUGGCGGAACUUCAGAGACAGCAAUCUCAUGGUUUAGGCAGGUCUGUCUGGCUCCAGAUUGCCGAGUCUGCUUACAGAUUCACUCUGGGCUCAGUUGCUGGAGCUGUGGGAGCCACUGCAGUAUAUCCUAUAGAUCUGGUGAAGACCCGCAUGCAAAACCAGCGUGGCACUGGCUCUGUGGUGGGAGAGCUGAUGUACAAAAACAGCUUUGACUGUUUUAAGAAAGUCUUGCGUUAUGAGGGCUUCUUUGGACUCUACCGGGGUCUGAUACCACAGCUUAUAGGGGUUGCUCCAGAAAAGGCCAUUAAACUGACUGUUAAUGAUUUUGUUCGGGACAAAUUCACCAGAAGAGAUGGCUCCAUUCCACUUUUUGCAGAAGUCCUUGCUGGAGGUUGUGCUGGUGGCUCUCAGGUCAUCUUUACCAACCCACUGGAGAUAGUCAAGAUUCGGCUGCAGGUAGCCGGGGAGAUCACUACAGGCCCCAGGGUCAGCGCCCUGAAUGUGCUCCAGGACCUGGGACUUUUUGGUUUGUAUAAGGGUGCCAAAGCGUGUUUCCUCCGAGACAUUCCCUUCUCUGCCAUCUAUUUUCCUGUUUAUGCUCAUUGCAAACUACUUCUGGCUGAUGAAAACGGACGUGUGGGAGGUUUAAAUCUCCUUGCAGCUGGAGCCAUAGCAGGUGUGCCUGCCGCUUCUCUGGUAACCCCUGCUGACGUCAUCAAGACAAGACUGCAAGUGGCGGCCCGCGCUGGCCAGACGACAUACAGUGGUGUCAUCGACUGUUUCCGGAAGAUACUCCGGGAAGAGGGGCCUGCAGCGUUUUGGAAGGGGACUGCAGCCCGAGUGUUUCGAUCCUCUCCCCAGUUUGGUGUUACCUUGGUCACCUAUGAACUUCUCCAGCGGUGGUUUUACAUUGACUUCGGAGGCCUCAAGCCCUCUGGCUCAGAACCAACACCUAAGUCACGCAUCGCAGACCUUCCUCCCGCCAAUCCUGACCACAUCGGUGGAUACAGACUCGCCACAGCCACUUUUGCGGGCAUUGAAAACAAGUUUGGCCUUUAUCUCCCCAAAUUUAAAUCUCCUAGUGUUCCUGCGGCUCAGUCAAAGGCAGUGGCAGCAGCUCAGUGACGAGACGGCCGCUGAGCGUGGCAAAGUAGCACCCUGAAGAGGGGCCUAGCGAGCGGCCCCGGCGCACCGCCGGCCGCACGGUGCCGACUGAGUGAGGAGUCUGUGUCGUAUCCGUGUAUUUGUUUAUAGUCCAGGAAAAACAACAACAAUGCAGUUUCGAGCUUUAGUCUUAUGUGUUGAAAUGUUUCCUAAGCUUUGGCAUGAGUUAGUGUCCUAGACCGCUUUGCACAGCUUGCACUUAGAGUGAGUGACUGUACAUAUUGUACAUCUUUGUACAGAGACAUCUUGGCACCUCAUCCCAACAAAUCACAUUUAUAGAAUGUAAUGCAGUUCUUAGUGGCUUGAAAUGUACAGAAUGUUUUGAAGGUGUUUUAUUAAGAAUCACACAAAAUAAAUGUAUUACAAUUAAAUUCAUUCUCUUAUUGUUAACUGAUGGAAAUGAAGCAUCAGUAUUGGAUAUAUUUAAUUUCUAGUUAGUUUUCCAUUCUGGAAUAAAAAGUAUUUGCUGCUAAAGAGGUACAACAAGACCAAGGGCUGACGCCAUUGAAAUAAGAGAUGCAUGCCAGUGGAUGCCAGAGGACCAGGCUAAUGACUCGCAUGUGCUGAUGUGUUCCCAUUGUAUUUCACGUGUGUGUAGAUUCUCUGUUCAUCAGUCAGAAGGCAUUUCCUAGACAGCUCCUCUCCUGUCAUGCAUAUGGAGAGAGGGACAUCUUCAGCACCACUGGCUUAGUUUUGCUUUCCUCUGACACAGCAAGGGCCUAGUUUUCAAAACAGUAAAGGAUACUUUGGCAAUUUUCCUUCAUGUGGAUAUGAUUCCAAUCAAAAAUAAAAUACACACCAAAAUGUAUGCAUGUAGUUGAAUUUUCCUUCAUAAAUAUACUGAUAGUGCCUUUUAUUUUGAUUCACUACUGAUUCCAAAUAACUCAUAAUCGGUUUCACUCUCUUACACUUUUAUAGGAAAUAGUUUGAUAUCCAAGGGUCUGUGGUGGAAUGAGGGGAGGGAAGAAGAGAAAAGCUCUAUCUUGUGACUCAGUGGGGUCUAGAUUCCUCCUUAUGAAUCCAAAUACAAAUUACUUGUUGCAAAAGUCACUCACCAACGGUGUGAUUACUAAUUCAGAUCUCCACGUGCACCCUGACAGCCACAUCUACACUUCGGUGCGGUUGUGAUUUGAUGUGUAGCAUCAGAAUUUACUUACUUUAGCCAAGUGCUUUGUGAAAACAUUAUUGCUAUUGCCAAUGAGCCAGGAUAUUAGAACAUAUGCAACAUUUUCAAAGGGCAAGUCUGGAGAUGGCCAGUCACUUAGUAUCCUACACGACGCUCAUCAUUUAAUGGCUGACAGCCCCGUAACACAACCAGAGGCUUUCAAGGCCCUGCAGGAGCAAAAGAAUUAGCUUUGAAAGCAGAGUUUUCAGGGUUCUCGGAAUGGAAUGAAUAACAAUACCAUUGUUUUGCUAUUACCACCUAUUAAAAAUGUGCAGGUGUCUGUGGGUAUGUUCUUACAAAGAUUCCUACAAAACUACAUAUGUAUGUAGAGUAAGAUGUGAAAGUGCCCUCAACCCUGCUUCCCCCUUCACCACACCCUGCCCCAGAGGUUGUCCCCACUAACAGGUUAGAAGAGCCUGUUUUUCAUCUGUAUAAAUAUUUAUAUAUACAUAUUUAUACUUUCAAACAGGAUUGUUUUUAAAUCUAUGUAUGUGCUGUUCUAUGACUCGUCUUUGUUUACCUCAUGUCUUUGAGAUCUUUCCAUGUCAGUUCACAAAGGUUUAUCUUAAUUUUUAAUAGCUGCAUAGUAUUGCAUUGUAUUGGUUACGAUACUUUUCAUAAAUUAUUCCUUGUUGACAGUUACUCAUUUUUUUUUCACGGUUGCAUGCAAUGCUGUCGUGAACAGCAAACAUCUUCAUACACACGGUUUGAGUACAUGUGCUAGUAUUUCAUUAGGUUCGAUAUUUAAAAUUGGAAUUGAGUAUAUUAAACAUGUAUGUACAUGUACGAUAUGCACAUAUAUAUAUUUUAAACAAGUAGUCAUAAAGUGAACACCAAUGUAACCACCCAGGUCAAGAUACAGAAUAUUGUAAACAAGUUCCCCCAUGUGAUCCUCUCCAUCAUAAUCCCCUCUCCCCUCUUCAACCCCAUGUCUACCCUUCAUUUCUUUGCUUUUCACUAUAGUUUUACCGCCCAUAUAUAUACCCCUAAAUACAAUAUUUAGUUCUUGGUUUUGAAAUUUAUACAAAUCAAAUUAUAAUGUAUACUUUUAAGACUUGUUUCUUUUGCUAAACAUUGUGUUUAUAAGAUUCAUUCAUAUAACUGUAUGUAGCUAUAGUUUGCUUAUUCCAUUGUAUGAAUAUAUUACAAUUUAUUUUUCCACUUAACUCUGGAUAUCUGGGUUGUUUCCAAUUUGGGGGUGUUACAAACAGCGUUGCUCCAGAUAUUUGGCAUGUGUGUUCUGGAGCAUUCAUUUUUAAAAGGAUCUAAAAGGAGCAGAACCACAGAGGCACAGGGUUUGUUAGAUUCAACUUGGCGAGAUCGUGUCAAACUACUUCCCAGAGAUUCUUGCACCAAUUUACAUUCCCCCAAGGAUGUAUUUUUCUUCUUAAUUUUUACCAAUCUGUUGUAUAAUGUUAUCUCAUGUGGCUUUAAAGCAUUUCAUCAAAUGAGGCUGAACAUCUUUCAUAUGUUAAUAUACACAUUGUUCUCCAAAAAGACUUUCUACUUUACUUUCAUACUGGCAGCCUGUGAGAAGGCCCGUGUGUUUAUUGGCUACUUGGAUUUCACCUUUGGUGAGCAAAGUAUUUGUUAAAGUCUUUUGUCCAUUUUUCUCAGUAAUUUGCAGGGGGUUCCUUAUAUAUUCUGAAUACUACUCCUUUAUGAGUUGUGUUGCAAAAUCUUUUCCCAGUUUGUGGCUUGUCUUUUCACAUUGUUCUUGGUAUAUUAACAUUUUAGUAUGUUCAAAUAUAUCAAUUUUUCCCAUAUGGUUAGCAUGUUUUAUAUUUCUUUUUCUUUUCUUUUUACUCUAGGUAUGAAUAUGGUUGAUAUUUUCUUCUUAAAUGCUUUAUAACUUUGCCUCUCACAUUGAGGUUUCAUCCUACGUAGAACAUGUCAUAUGUUCUUUUUAAAAUUGUUCUGGCUGGAUCUUUUGCACAUAAAUUUUAUAUUAGUUUGCCAAUUUCUUAAAAAAAAUACACAAUAGUUGGUAUUUUGAUGGGUAUUUUGUUGAAUCUAUACAUCAAUUUGGGUAAAUUGCCAUCUUAAUCUUCCAACCCAUGAACUUGGAAUCUACUUAUUUAGACCAUUUAAAAUUUCAGCCAUGUUUUAUAGAGGUUUAGUACUUUCGUUAAAUUUAUUCAUAAGUAUUUUAUUAUUUAUGAUGUUUUUAUGAAUGGAAUUCUUUUAAUUUUAUUUUGAUUGUUCAGUUAGUAUAUAGAAAUACGACUGAUUUUUCUGUAUUGAUCUUGUAUCCUACGACCUUGCUGAACUGACUUAUGAGUUUUGAGAGUUGGGUUUUGUUUUCUAUAUGUCUCAUUUCUUUUUUGUGUUCUUCUCUUCCUGUUACUUUCUUUUGUGUAAAAUAGAUGUGUUGUAGUAUACUA